AUGGCAGCUGCCGCACAUGCUGCAGCCUUGGCAGCACAUGCUGGUCAGCAACAUCCAUCGGGGCCACCUUCCUCAGGGGUUGUCGUGGGUGGUCAGGGUUUUGCAUAUCCACGGGACCCUGAUGCGUUGCCAUUCGAUCCCACUGGGCAGCAGUGUCCGCCUGGUGGACGACCGAGAGUGUCAACGACUAUCUGGGAGGACGAAGGGACUUUGUGCUUUCAGGUUGAAGCGCUACAAGUCACUGUCGCGAGAAGAGAGGCAGAUGACAACAUGAUCAAUGGCACAAAGCUGCUCAACGUCGCGCAGAUGAGCAGAGGGAAGCGCGACGGCAUCCUCAAAAAUGAGCCCGACCGCAAAGUGAUCAAAGUCGGCUCGAUGCACCUCAAGGGUGUUUGGAUUCCCUUUGACCGAGCUCUCGACCUGGCCAAUCGCUACGCCAUCACAGAUGCUCUCUAUCCACUCUUUGUGCAAGACAUCAAGAAGUUCCUC